AUGGAAGGUCAUUCAUAUGUUUCAUGUAUCAAGAUUAAUGGAGUUCCUAUUUUACCACCAAUGGUAACUAAAGAUAUUAAACAAGAAAUAUCUAAUUAUAAAGAAAGUGCAAUAAAUGUAGAAAAAAAAUUAGCUGUUUCACGUACUAUAGGAAAGGUGAAAAUAGAAUUAAAAGAUAUAAAGUGUAAAAAAAAAGUUCACGAUUCUAAAGAGAAUUUAAUUAAUUUUGAAUAUGAAAAUGGUAAUUAUAAUGAAACUAAAAUUAAAACUAAUGUAGAUGUAAAUGAUAUUCCAAUAAGAACUUCAAAAAGUUUUUAUGAAAAUUUAGAAAAAACCUUACAGUGUAGUAAAAAGUUAAACAUGAGAUGUAAGUCUGAAAAUCAGAUAAAUUUGGCUCCUGAUCUUAUUUCAAGAUCAGAAUCAAUAAUUGCUGAUAUUGACACAGAUUAUUGUUCAAAUGAAACAAUUCCAAUAAAAUCUGCAACUACUGAAACAAUACCAGAAAUUUGGAAACCACAAGUGCCUAAAACAUUAAAUAUCAUUCCAUUGACACUAAACAAUGUUCCUUGUAAAGGAAUUAAAAAAUGUCAAGAAAGUGAUUUAGAUAACUUGGGAGAUACUCCUAAAUUAGUACGGCAAGGUUCCUAUAUAUUAGAUACUCCAAGUCCUAUAUUAUUGGCACACAUGCAAAUGGAGCUAGCUAGUUCAACUUGUGCUCCUUGUUCAGAGUAUAUCCCAACAUCAUGCGCGAACACAAAUCAACGAAAAGAGUGGAAUGUUACACAAGCUAAAAUUGAGUGGGAGUAUGAAGCUAAAAAUAAAAAAUCUAUUCCUACAAGAAGUUAUUCUAAUACUGGUCAUGCAAUGUGUAAAUCUAUUUCUUUACAAACAAAACCUGAAUGUUCUUUUACAAUGUAUCCAUCAACAAAAUCAGUUGAUUGCAUUCAAACAAUGUUAACUGAUAAACAUAUUGAUGGAAGUAAUACGCAAAUUGAUCACAAGAAAAAUCAUAGUAUAUAUAAUAAUGAUGAAAACAGACGAAGACUUGAAACAUGGAAUGAAUAUAACAGCUCUUGCACUUUUAAUCCAGCGUAUAAAUUUGGAGGUUCCUUGGAAGAUUUAAACAAGCAUAAUAAUAAAUCUACAACUGAUAAAUUGACAGCGAAGCUCUCGAAAAACUUAGAUAUACAAGAUCCUAUAUCUAGACUGAAAUCUAAUAUUGCAUCUGAUAAACUUUUAACAGUUUAUAAAAAAGUACAAGAAAUGCAUAAAAAACAGAUGGCAGAAUUAAUGUUUCGACAACAUAGGGAACAAACAUUACUUCAAAAAGAAUUUGAGAAACAGCAGUUACUUUUACUGGCUGAGAUUAAGAAAUCCUUUCCAGAAAUUUCAGUUUCAUUAUUUCCUGAAAAUAUUUUAUCUCCUUCUUUUAAUCAAAUUACAACUGAUAGUGACAACCUUUGUGAAAAUAAUAAUAAUAAUAUGCAAAGUGUUAAUAGAAUAAAACAUAAUUCAGAACAAGGGGAUGAAAUAAAACAUUUACAAGAUGAUAAUAUAAAAAUGGUUCCAUGUCCAUUAAAUUAUAUUUAUUCUGAAGUAAAUUAUGAUAAUUCUUCUUGUUCUUCCAAAUAUUCAUAUACAGUUCAGUCAUCAGAGACAUCAUCAAAUGUGAAUAAUUCUAUAACAGAAAUAAGAGAAGGAGAUAUGGAGAUACAAACAAAUGAUACAAAAAAUUAUAAAAAAAAAUUAUUGGAAGAAAGUGACAAAUGUAAACGUCCAAACGUUAGUCGAGAAUUAUUUCCUUUAGAUAGCAAGACUAUUCAUGUACCAAUCCUUGAUAGCACAAUAUAUGAAACUAAACAUAUAAAAGCAGCAAAUGUAAUAAAUGCAUAUGUAAGAGGCUAUUUAGUACGUAGAAUAAUGCGGACUGAACGUGUGAUUGCUUUGAAAAACACAUACAAAGAAGCUUUACACUACAUACUUAAACUUCACAUUGAUGCACCUCUUAACCGUUCAGAAUUUAAUUUUUUACAUCGCCUUCAACUACAGUGUGAUGCAGCUUCUAUGAAUGUAGUGGAGUUGUUUGCACAAAAUCCUCAGAAAAGAAUGCAAAUAAUAGCACAAGAUCGUGAAAUUAAACAAUCUCGCAUAGAACGCCCAACAUCUGCAAGAUCAUAUUCAUUUGCAACUCAACGAACUUUGGCCAGGAAAAAACUGAAGGAGAUGGAAGACUAUCAACCAACUUCGUUCGUUCGUUCAUGUUUGUCGAGAUCAAGAUGUCAAACCUGGACUUCAGAUAUUAAAGAAAGACUUAUCUCUUCAAAUAUUUUAUAUCAAAGUAUUAAAAGAAGUACUAGCGCUGGAACUGUACGUCGACCAUGGCGGUAAAUUUAUAAUAGUGCCUUUUAUUACUGGUUUAGUACAUGUACAUUACGUUAUAUGUAAACAAAUCCACUUUGU